GACCCGCCGGGCUCCAAGGGACCUAAGCAGAGCUGCGCGCGCGGAGUCCGCGCCCUGGCGAGAUGAGCGGGGCCGGGUCGGCGGGCAUGGCUCGGGGGCUGCGCGUGGACGGGCUGCCACCGCUACCCAAAAGCCUGAGUGGGCUGCUGCACUCGGCAGCGGGCGGCGCGGCGGGCGGCUGGCGGCACCUGGAGCGGCUGUACGCACAGAAGUCGCGCAUCCAGGACGAGCUGAACCGAGGGGGCGCGGGCGGCGGCGGGGCGCGAGCGGCGGGGAUGCGGACCAAGCCCCCCAACCUGGACGCCGCGCUGGCGCUGUUGCGCAAGGAGAUGGUUGGUCUCCGGCAGCUGGACAUGACCUUGCUCUGCCAACUGUACGGCCUCUACGAGUCCAUUCAGGAGUACAAGGGCGCGUGCCAGGCAGCCUCCAGCCUGGACUGCAACUAUGCACUGGAGAAUGGCUUCUUCGAUGAUGACGAGGACUUCCAGGAGCAGGGCUCUCUCCGAGAUGGGCAGGGCCGAGGUUCUCCCGGGGACCCGUCGCUACCCCUCACCCACCUCUCCAGCAGCGACUGGAUCCUGGAGUCCAUCUAGCGCCUCUGGAGGGGGUCUGUCAAUACAGACGGGCAGUUUCUGUUUCUCUUCUCGCAAGGAAGCUCUUCAGCCUCUUCAUGGUGGACAGUCCGAGGGCAAACGGGGACGUGAGCCGCUUAACUUGUGGGUAUGGAGUUCACUGACAUGGGGGACGGCCUGCUUAGUUGGCUGCAGGGUCUUACGGGUGACCUAGAGGCGUGCUAGAACACCCUCGAUGUCGUUAGUAGCACCUGCUGGAAGCUCUGACAGAAGGGUCCCGUGUGGAAAGCCGCCACGGGCAUUUGGGUGAGGCUGCUCUCAGCAGGCUGUGGGUGGCAGGUGUGUCGCGCCCUCUUUGGUUGAGGAACGCCACUCUGACAUGUGGACGAUGAAGAGCAGCAUUUGCCUGCCCGGAACCCGCAGGGCAGUCGGCUUCUCCUCAGGGCAGUCGGCCUCUCUUCUUGCCGUUCCUUGGCUGUUAGGCCCCUUUGCUCAUUCAUUUGAAAGCGGCAUCACUGAUUUUCCAGGGCUCUCCUGAGAGCUUUCUAGGGGGAGGAAAUAGCUUUUCUGCAGCCACCAAAAUUGACAUCAGGUAAAGGUAGAGAGCAAGGAACGUGACUAUACACUGAAUGGGGUCGGGGUGGGGAGAAACCCUGGGACGAGCUGGUGUUUGUGUCAGUCGACAUGAGAUGGUAACUGGUUGUAAACUUCAGUCCUGGAAAACAAUGUCUCUAAGCGGAACUUACCCGAAGCCUUAAUAUAUUUAUUAAAACACUUUGUGAGAACUCCACCCUCUGUGGGUUAAA